CUGUCUAAAAUAUCCCAAACACUAUGCACCCAAGCUAAUGUACUAUACCUAUACAUACGUGCUUCUGCUGAUAUCUGCUACAAAGAAGAUAAAGAUAUCGUAGCACUGUUCCACGUUUACCAAAACGCUCCCACCAACACAUUUCUAUUGAAUGUUUAUGGGCACUUGUGCGGUUUCGGACUCGUACUCGUCUCUCUCGGAACUAGUGAAGGAGGGAAGACGAGGCUAGGGCGCCAGUUCCAUAUGGAGGGGGAUGAAUCCGGGUUGAUCUUCAGACCGAAGCCAGUGAGUUUGCGUACUCGAGUGAGAGUACCU